AUGACGGAGUGUUGUAAGUGCAACGUUGAGUGCAACGAGAACUCGUCCGACGUAAUAUCGUGCGUGGAGUGCAGUGACGUGAUGCACGUGCAGUGUGCGGGACCUGACCUGAAGAGGAAGACCCGUAACCGUCCGUUCAAGUGUGGCAAGUUUAAUAAGGAGACAGCAUCAAUGUCAAGUGUAAGUGAUACCGAAGAUUCUACUGUCCUCAAAGCAAUUAACAGCUUACACGCCAAGUUUAGUGACACCCUUGAUCAGAAACUUUCUGGUUUAGAAGGGAAAAUUAAUGACUCGAUUUGUGAAAAACUUGACGUAAUCAAUGAACGAAUAAAUACAUGGCAAGAAACAAUUACGUCAUCGUUAAGUGGCCUAAAAUCAGAAAACAUCUUAUUGAAACAAGAAUGUGUGGAUCUCAAAUCACGUUGCGACGACCUGUCUAAACAAGUAGACUCAGUGACGGAGCAGCUACAAGACUUACAGCAGUACAGCCGGAUUGACAACCUGGAGGUCGUAGGGGUGCCUUUAACCAAGAAUGAAGACGUGUAUGCCGUUCUAAAGGCAGUUGCUAACACCAUCGGUACGCCCUGGAAGUAUGAAGACAUUUCAAUAGCGCAUCGGGUGCCUUCAACCCGCCAGAAACAUCCUAAUAUCAUCGUAAAGUUCACCCGCAGAACUUCCAGGAUGACGUGGCUACUUGCGGCUAAAGAAAUCGACCUAACCGCUAAAAUGGUGCAUCCGAGCUUUCCUGAUACACCAAUAUUUAUCAACGAACAUCUCACAGGCCAUGCCAAAGAAACUCUAAACUGCGCCAAAAAGCUCGUCAAGGAGAAGAAACUAGCGUAUGCAUGGGUCAAAGAAGGCAAGAUCCUGGUGAGGAAGACGGCAGAUGGGAAACCAGCACGUGUGAGGAGCCCCGAGGACGUCAAGGUGAUAGCGGCUCAACCAGCGGCUCAGUCUACGGCUCAACCAACGGCUCAACCAACGGCCCAGCGACAGCUCAGCGGAGGUGUCAAUCAGCGCGGCAACAGCGGCUCCAACACGGACAAUGCUUCAUCGUAA